AGGAAGCUAAACUACCGUCAAAAUGCCACCGAAGACUAGUGGAAAGGCCGCCAAGAAGUCGGGCAAGGCUCAGAAGAACAUCACGAAGGGCGACAAGAAAAAGAAGAAGCCACGUCGCAAGGAGAGCUACGCCAUCUACAUCUACAAGGUCCUGAAGCAAGUCCACCCGGACACCGGAAUCUCUUCUAAAGCCAUGAGCAUCAUGAACAGCUUUGUGAACGAUAUUUUCGAGCGCAUUGCUGCUGAAGCUUCUCGUCUGGCUCACUACAACAAGCGAUCCACCAUCACUUCUCGCGAGGUUCAGACCUCUGUCCGUCUGUUGCUGCCAGGAGAAUUGGCCAAACACGCCGUCUCUGAGGGAACCAAGGCUGUCACCAAGUACACUAGCUCCAAGUAAAUGUUUCAGACAAUCUUAUGCAAAACGGCCCUUUUCAGGGCCAAAAAAUAAUUAUCGAAGCGGUAUUGAACUUCUCUUGUUUCUUGAAAAGUGGAACUUCAUAUUUUUAGAAAUAUUUGACAUGUUUAUGAAGCAUAAAUAAUAUCUAUCAACUAAACAAUUUUGUUUGGCAUAUUGUGCUAGAAAAAUGUCGAUCAUAAUUUAA